CAAAUGCUAUAUAGCCAUGUAGUUGGACUUCAAACUUUCCUCAUCAGCCAAAAAAACAGGGAAGCUCUGGACCCUAAUCACAUGAAAAAAAUAAAUAAAUAAAAGAAAAAGGAAGAAGAAGAAGUAGAAGAAGAAGAAGAACAGAGAAAAUAAAGAAGGUGAAGUGUAUGGCUGAAUUUCAAAGGUCUACAACAUCUUUUAGAAGACAGGGCUCCUCAGGAUUGGUAUGGGAUGACAAGUUUAUAACAGAAGCGUUGAACCAAAAAUCUGAUGGAGAAGCUGAUGCUAAUAACAAACAACAACAGGCCUCUGAAUCCACAGAGCCUACAUCAUCCGAGCACCGUAGCCGAUCCUCCGGUGGUGCACGUGGAUACAGGACAGUCAAUGUGUCGCCGCCAACCGCUGACCCGCCUUCUCCUAAGGUCUCCGGCUGCGGUCUAUGUGGCAUAUUUGGGAAACCAGUUUCGUCACAAAAUCCCAAAUCCAAUAAGCGCAGCAGGUCAUAGUAUUAUUAGUAUUAAUGCCAUUGCAUGGAUGCUUUAUUUACUUUUAUUGUCUUUGAAUUGGAUUUUUUGGAGGGUUGGUUAUCAUAGUGCUUGUCUGAAUUAUAAACAUAUAUAAAGUAUAUAUAGAAGAAACAGAAGUUCUAUACAUAUAAAUGUUGGCUCUUUAAUUUGUUCUUGGUUUCUUUGUGGCUUGGAGGAUUAAUUUUUUCUCUUCUACUUUGAAUCUUUGGCCUGUUUGUUCUUCAAAAAAGUUUAUAAAUUUGUUUCUUGUGAAUAUAUUAUAAUGAUUUGGACAUAGAUUUUUCAAUCA